AGCUUUUUUCAGCUGUGAGGGCAGAACGCUAAUCAGGCCAAAACAGGCAGUAAGGCAGAAGAGGCGAGAAAAAGAAGAAGAAACACUUCUAAACAUCAUAGCAGGAUGCCCCCGCUACAGGAGAGUAGAUAAAGACCAGAGGCAGAGAGAGAUUUCUCCAUUUUUACCUGCAGCCCGCAGUGUAAACCCUAACAUGAGUGCACACAGGAGUCUGAAGUGUGCUUGUACUCUGAGAAGUUUACUGAUGAGCUGUGUGAGUUAAUGCAGUGUUUUCCGGGUUAUGGAUGAGGGCAGAGUUAUACAACAGCUUGGAAAAUGCUGAGAUGGAAAAGGAGAAGAAAAAGUUCAAGCUAAGCCGCAUGCUGUCCCUUUACCCGUUCAGAAAGAACAAGCCCCUGACUCACUGCAACAGCUGCAGGUCCACAGCUGCAGCUGGCAGCAGCGCCGGCACUGACUUUCCACCUGAACCCCGGAACGAGUGGACGGAAGAUGGAGAUAUUAAGGAGAUCAACAUCACCCAUGUGGUCAAAGAGGGCUCGGAGAAAGCGGACGCCUCUCAGUUUGAGCUGCUCAAGGUGUUGGGACAGGGAUCUUUUGGCAAGGUGUUCCUUGUUCGAAAGGUGACCCCUCCAGAUACCAACCAGCUGUAUGCUAUGAAGGUCCUGAAGAAGGCGACUCUUAAAGUAAGAGACCGUGUGAGGACCAAGAUGGAGAGGAACAUCCUAGCAGAUGUCAAUCACCCAUUUGUUGUCAAGCUGCACUACGCAUUCCAGACUGAAGGGAAGUUGUACCUGAUCUUGGACUUUCUCCGAGGGGGGGAUCUUUUCACCAGACUUUCUAAAGAGGUGAUGUUCACGGAGGAGGACGUGAAGUUUUAUCUGGCGGAGCUUGCACUAGGACUGGACCACCUGCACAGCUUGGGCAUCAUUUACAGAGAUCUCAAACCUGAAAACAUUCUUCUGGAUGAGGAGGGGCAUAUCAAACUCACAGAUUUCGGCUUGUGCAAAGAAGCCAUUGAUCAUGAGAAGAAGGCCUAUUCAUUCUGUGGUACUGUAGAAUACAUGGCUCCUGAGGUUGUAAACAGACAGGGUCACACCCACAGCGCCGACUGGUGGUCGUUCGGGGUCCUCAUGUUCGAGAUGCUGACGGGAUCUCUGCCAUUUCAAGGGAAGGACCGCAAAGAGACAAUGAAUCUGAUCCUAAAGGCACGCCUAGGAAUGCCUCAGUUCCUUAGUGCUGAAGCCCAGUCUCUGCUCAGGGCGUUGUUCAAGAGGAACCCUGCCAACAGAUUUGGAUCCUGUGCUGAUGGUGCAGAGGAGAUAAAGAGGCACGGUUUCUUCUCCACUAUAGACUGGAAUAAACUGUUCCGAAGGGAAGUCAAGCCGCCGUUCAGGCCGGCUGUAGCCCGUCCAGACGACACCUUCUACUUUGACUCAGAGUUUACGUCUCGCACACCCAAAGACUCGCCUGGUGUCCCCCCAAGUGCUGGAGCUCAUCAGCUGUUCAGAGGCUUCAGCUUUGUUGCAUCCACUCUGUUGGAGGAGGAAGGUUUAGCAGAGCCACCGCAGCCCCCACCACACCCAGUGGUCCAGCAACUACAUGGGAAAAACCUUCUGUUCAGUGACGGGUACAUCCUCAAGGAGGACAUAGGCAUGGGCUCCUUCUCUGUCUGCAAGCGCUGUAUUCACAAAGCCACCAACACAGAGUAUGCUGUCAAGGUGAUUGACAAGACCAGCACAGAUCCGUCGGAGGAAAUUGAAAUUCUGCUCAGAUAUGGACAGCACCCCAACAUCAUUACACUGAAGGAUGUGUAUGACAACGGGAAGCAGGUGUUCAUGGUGACGGAGCUGAUGCGUGGAGGAGAGCUGCUCGAUCGGAUCCUGAAGCAGAAGUUCUUUUCAGAGCGAGAGGCCAGCGCCGUGCUUCACACCAUCACAAAGACUGUGGAGUACCUCCACUCACAGGGGGUUGUUCACAGAGACCUUAAGCCCAGCAACAUCCUCUACGUCGACGAAUCAGGAAAUCCUGAGUCCAUCAGGAUCUGCGACUUUGGCUUUGCAAAGCAGCUGCGUGCCAACAACGGGCUGCUUAUGACUCCAUGCUACACUGCAAACUUUGUAGCUCCUGAGGUGUUGAAGCGUCAAGGCUACGACGAAGGAUGUGACAUCUGGAGUCUCGGGGUGCUGCUGUACACCAUGCUGGCUGGUUUUACUCCGUUUGCCAACGGGCCUGAGGACACCCCUAACGAGAUCCUGAACAGGAUAGGAAACGGCCACUUCAGCCUGGCUGGAGGAAACUGGGACACCGUAUCUGAUGCUGCCAAGGAUCUUGUGUCCAAGAUGCUUCAUGUGGAUCCCCAUCAGAGACUCACUGCAAAGCAGGUCCUCAGACAUCCCUGGAUUGUCCAGAGGGACAAACUGCCCAACAGUCAGCUCCCUCACCAGGACCUCAAACUGGUCAAGGGUGCAAUGGCAGCCACCUACUCUGCCCUGAAGAACUCCCAGCCUCCUCCGGAGCUUAAACCCAUUGAGAGCUCCUUCCUGGCUCAGCGGCGUGUCAAGAAGCUGCCCUCCACCUCCCUGUAGCGACUUAAAAAGAAAAGAAAAAAACAGCCAUCCCGCUGAAUGGAGCUGGAUCUUAAAACCACAGCUUUCCAGCUCCAGACCAGCCCAGUCAGCUUGCUCUGGGACGUAGCGUCCAGCCGCCAAAACCAGCCAAGGAACACUGACUGUGGUCCUGCACUCAUCUUGUGACAUCACGUUAUUCCGCUCCGGCUAUCGUCCUCCAUGCGUGGGCUCCCCAGCUGCUAUGAGCCCCAUACUUGGACCUGCUAAAGAUCAUGAUGACAAGCGAUGAGGACACUGCAAGGGGAUGCGUUGGGGUGGGGUAUUUAACAGCUGGGAUGUAUGGGUAUUUUUUGGGGGGGGGAUGAUGUGCGUUUGCAUGACCUGCGGCAGAGUGGAUGCAGCCGUGCUUUUGGUUGUGACGAUGGACGUUUUCUCUCAUUGCUGUAAUUUGUUCCUGUUGCACGCUUGUCUGUUGGCCUGUUCAGUUGUCUGUUUUCCGUUUUUUUGAAGCUUUAUAUUCUGGAUGUGCUGCCAAGUGGAUGUGCACGGACAGCACAAAGCCACAGUAUCGUCCAACUGCUGUAAAUCCUUUUUUCUUUUUUUUUCAAAAAGCAGAUUUAAGAUGUUAAUUAAAGAUGUUUUUGGGACUCUGGUUAAAACCGCAACAUUGGGAAUUCUGGGAAAUGUUGUUUUUUGGGUUGAUGUCAAUCUAUACCUGUGUUUAAUUUUACAUGUGUGAGUGAGUGCGAGUUGCAUGACUUGCAGUGUGCGUCAGUUCUGUCUGCAGAGUCAUUGGCAUGGUGACGUGAAGAUGUCAUGUGGCUUCUUUGUUUCUGCUGCUCUCUUUCUCUGCUUGAUUAAAGAAAAAAAUCUGUUUGAGAUGUCUACUAUUUUUAUGACUAAGACUAGUGAAAUAGUUGGCUUUCUGUGAAAGAAAAUCUGCCCAAGGAACAAUGUGGCAUGUUGAAAUCUGUUCGAUGCUUUGGUUUCUCGUUUAUUCCAAUGUGUUUCUUGGAUAAUGCAUAUUGAAAGCUGUUUAUUGUGUUGGCUGCUUUUGUUGAUGAUUGUAUUCUUUCUUUUUUCUGUCUCAAGAAAGGGAUGAUUUAAAAUGGUGGAAGACAUGCUGAGCAGAUCAUGGUAUACGAAUGUUUUGGCCUACAGGUCUCUUCUUUUGCUGUAAGAAUGUACGGAGACAAACUUGCACACUGCUGUCCUGAUUUCACUGAGCAUUUAAGCACAACUGCCUAAUAAUGCCAAGCAGACGUUCCUUCCUCUUUUUUUUCAAUUCAUAUUUUAAUUUCAUUCUGCUUCUUUCUGGUUUACACUUUCAACACAGCUGAUCAGUGAUCUUCUCUAGGGUGUCGAGUUAAAAUGUGAUUCAGAAAGGACAGACCUGUAUGGCGGAACAAACUAAUAACAAGCUGUCUUACCUCAAAAGGGAUCAACGUUCUAUUUUGAUUAUUGUUUGGUGGCAAAACGCUCCCUCUUUUGACUGAUGAUGUUAGGGAAAGAUGUUAUUGUAUGAUAAAGAUGAAGAUUUUUAUAUCUUAUAAUAUUAAAAACUGAGUUGCUAUGACAAA